CUCUCCUCACCUCGAUCCACUAUGACCCAGACUGAGCUUUGGUUGUCCUACCACCAGCGUUCGCGCUGCGACAAGCCCUCUGCGUCUCAGCUCAUCGAGCUCGAGUUCGCCAACCAGAAGCUGGCCGACCUCGAGGACGUCCUCGACCACCUCUUCGCCCAGGGCUUCGUCGAGGCGAAGUACCGCUCGUUGACGUGGUGGGAGAAGCACGAAGGCCACAAGAUUGGUGGCAGCACCGUCGUUGAGGAGCUCCUCAACAGCGGCGUCGGCAAGUGCCCUGAGAGCGCGCUCAGGCUCGUCAUCGCCGACCGUGCCCCCGCUGUGUGGUUCAGCUACGAGUACGUCCACAACCCCAACGAGAUCGCUGCCUCGCAGCGCAUCAAGCUCGAUAGCCACGAGAAGCUCGAGCUCAUUGGCCACCUCACCAACUACGUCUUCAAGCACGGCUACCUCUCGCCUGAGCUGAGGUCCCGUGUGUACUGGAAGGGCUCGUGCGGUACUCGCCUCGAGGAGAGCGCCAGGCUCGAUGACCUCCUGUUCCGUGGUGAUGGUGUCACUGAGACUAAGGGCCUUCGCCUGGUCAUCGACCAUACCCCGGUCCUCCACGUCCCCGCUCGCCGGAUCUGCGCUUAAAUGCAUGGCUUGAUGACGACCCAUGGCCUAUGGUCGUGGAGUUUUUCAAAAAUGCAUGUAUAAUGUUGCUGGUCUUGCACAGCGUAUUGCUCUAUCUUCAUAUACUUUAGCAUAGAACCUUUUUAGCACAGCUUAGGAUUCGGUAAUGAGAUGGAAUGAUUGAUGCCUGUUAC